AUGAUGCUCUUUAAGGAGAAGAAAUCUGAAGGGAAACCAUUGAAGUCGGCUCUUGCGAAGAAGAAGAGGCGAAAUUCUGAUGACUCAGACGGCAAUGAGAGAGAUGACAGUGACGAAGACACUUCGAAGCUUGAGGAAAUGAACGAAAGGGACAAGCUCAAGCGAGCACGGCGGAAGGGUAUCGAUCCUAUGGAUCCUGCAGCUUAUGGAGAUGUUCCUGUUGGAAAGUGGUCUUCUGGGCUUCAUGCGCAUGACAGAACCGGUGCCGAUGUGACAGCGGGUGGUCCACUUUUCCAACAACGACCUUACCCCGCCCCUGGUGCCAUUCUAAGGCUGCAGAAGAAAAAGGACGAAGAUGACUAA